AUGCAAAGCAAGACUUCACUGAAGGAUGACAUCCUUAAACUGAUGGAUAAUUUGGAAGUCAAAGGAGGAAGUACAGAUGCUGCAAUUGAAAAUGACGGUCCAAGAGUAGAUAAUACAUCACGCACGGAACUGUUCCGACUAGCAUCACGAUAUUAUAACGAUCCUGAACGUAAUCUGGUGAAUUUUCCUAGAAUGGUGAAGUCAGAAGACCCACCUAAAACUAGCUAUUUUUCCGUACUCAAAGAGUGGUUUGAAUUAUUUUACGAAAAGACUGGAAUCACAGGUCCAUACGUUCUUGCUGCUGGUAUUACGACUUUUCUAUUAAGUAAGGAAAUAUGGGUAGUCGACCAUGAGUUCCCAUAUGUGUUAGCUACAAUCGGAGUAUUUUAUGUCGGUUGGAAAAAAUUCGGAGCAUCUUUGGCGAGCUCCAUCGAUAGAGAAAUUGACGAAUAUGAAGCGUCUUGUAGUUCCAGUCGAAUAGGUGAGAUCGACAGUUUAAGGAAAACGGUUGAACAUCAAAAAAUAGAAGUGUGGAGAACUGAAGCACAAACCCAAACAAUUCGAGCUAAACGAGAGAACGUAGCUAUUCAGUUGGAAGCUGCGUAUCGUGGACGGCUCAUUCGAGCGUACAACCAGGUAAAAAGACGUUUGGAUUAUCAAGUGGAUUUAGCUAAUCUGACACGCACGGUACAACAUAAAUUUAUGGUAAAGUGGAUCGUAGACAAUGUAAAGUCUAGUAUUAAUGAAAAUGACAACUUCAAAAAAUGUAUUAAAGAUCUGCAAAUAUUAGCUGCAAAAGAAAAAUAA